UGGGGACAUGGGAUUGGCUUGUGAAUUUUGGCACGCAGACAAAGGUGCAAGCUGGCAGGAACUCAGAUACAUGCUCGGCAAAACCGUGGCUUCCCAGACGAGAGCCGCAACAGGAGCAACCCCCGGCUCCUCCAAUUAGCUGCGAAAAGGUGUCAAUUCGUCGCGAUCCAAACUCCAUACUUGACUUAGUGGACACUGGUCAAUAGCUCCAACACGGGGAUUCAAUGCUCAUGAUCAGAGUACUCUAGCAUCGCAAACAACCACGACACUCCUUUGAAGUUAUAGCGAUCGAUCGGAUCGAUACAUACCCGAUAAUGUACUUCGUCUCUGCGGCCAAGGCCCUCGUGGCCGCUGCUGUCUUCUCAGCUGUCACUGCUCACAACAUCGUCCUGCCUGCUCACGGCCGAGAAUGCUUUCACGAGUCCCUACACAAGGACGACACUAUGACUGUCACUUUCCAGGUUGGCGAUCGUGAAUUCGGUAGCGCAGGCAACCUUGAUAUCGACUUCUGGAUCACCAACCCUGCUGGUCAAUACGAGACAAACGAGAAGAGUAUCUCCAACGGCGAUUAUUCGUUCACAGCUAAGCAUGAUGGCAAAUACAUAUACUGCUUCGGAAAUGAGAACUGGGGUGCCAACACCAAGGAGGUCUCCUUCAACGUCCACGGAAUCGUCUACGUGAGCGAGCACGAAAUGCCUGCCGACCCCCUCGACCGUGAAGUUAGCUUACAACAUUCUGCAGUUCGGAAGCUGUCCGAUCUUCUUGCCCAGGUCAAGGACGAACAAGAAUACAUCGUGAUCCGUGAGCGCACCCACCGAAACACCGCCGAGAGCACAAACAGCCGAGUCAAGUGGUGGAACAUGUUCGUCAUUGGUGUUGUCAUUGGUGAAUCUCUCUUCCAGGUCUGGUGGCUGCGACGUUUCUUCGAGGUCAAGCGGGUGGUUUAA